GCGAGGAUGACGACGACGACGAGUGCGGCGAGGAGAAGCUGCCGUCAUGCUUCGACUACGUCAUGCACUUUCUCACCGUUUUCUGGAAGGUCCUGUUCGCCUUCGUGCCGCCCACCGAGUACUGGAACGGCUGGGCCUGCUUCGUCGUGUCCAUCUGCAUGAUCGGGCUGCUCACCGCCAUCAUCGGUGACCUGGCGUCUCAUUUUGGCUGCACUGUGGGCCUGAAGGACUCGGUCACAGCGGUGGUGUUUGUCGCAUUGGGAACGUCGGUACCAGGUGAGCUCAUCAAGACUACAGUGACUGAUGCCAUUCGUUAGCAUGUCUCAAUGGUGUUUUCCAUUGUGUGUUAGCAUCCAGCUAGCAGACUUUAUGGCAAAGUUGUGUGGUUGUUUUGAACACACAACAUGGCGAUAUACAGAUUAAAGCCUCUGAGGAGAAUUGUUCACUAUUUGCAAAGCUUGUUGUGAAGUGGACCAACAACGGCUCAUGCCGCAAUAUAGUUUAUUGGUACACGAGCCAUUGUUGGGCCGAGUACAACUAACACAUUACCUUCACAAAAUUU